AUGGCAGUUUCUCAUGCUGGAUUCUGUCCAAGGGAAUGGUUACGAUAUCAGAGGAACUGUUAUGGGCUCUUCCAUGAGAAGCUGAGUUGGCAUGAGGCCGAGAUCAGGUGCCAAAGCUAUGGCCGGGGUACCCACCUUACCUCUAUCCUUACCUGGCCGGAAACAUUAAUUGUAUGCAAACAUAUCUCUGAUUAUAUGAAAGAAAAAGGGGUUGACGUCUGGAUUGGACUCCAUGAUGUUCGCCAUAAUGGGAACUGGAGGUGGACUGAUGAGUCGGUUUUCAAUUACAAGAACUGGAUGCAUGGAGAACCCAACAAUCUUUGGAACUCUGAGUAUUGUGUUGCUCUCCGAGCCGCUGCAGAUAAUUUCUAUUACUGCAAAACCUCCUUGUUACAAAUGGGAAAAUGCUAUUUGUUGGUCCACUGGUCUUCACCCUCAUCUAUUGUCACUCACAAUAGUAGAACUAUGACGAAUGUCUCAGAGAUCAUGGCUAAGAUAUGGACAUGA